CCCUCCAAAAUCUUGCCCACAUUUAUAUCUCAUAUUUCAUAUUUGGUAGCUCUAUAUAUAGUACCUAUAUCAGUUUGUUUAGGAUUCCAUUUCCAAAUUUCCAUACUCCAAAACACUGAUUAUCCAUAUAGUUGAUCAUAUAUAGGAUAACUUCUUGUCCAUCUUCGCGUAAAGAAGGCAGCAUUAUGUCUAAUAUGUUACCAGCUAACAUGGUGAUCAUCGAUUUUCUGUUGAAGGUACCUGAAAACUUGAGCUUACCUAAUAAAAGAUGGCGACGAGCAUUGGCUAGAAUUUACUAUCCAAGAAAGUUCAUCUCCAUUUCUUCUGAAAAGAUACAAAAUGAGGUUAAAUUAUCACAUUCUUCUUCUUACUCUAUUCUUAACCUUGAACCACAUCAACCUUUCUCGAAUGUAGAUCAACAAUCUCUUAGCGAACUUAGCAAACGAAAAAACCUUCAACAACUUCAAGAGUUUGGUGGGGUAGAUACCAUUGCAUCUACUCUCAAAACUAAUCUUGAGGAUGGUAUUAAUGGUGAUGAGCAUGAUCUUGUAAACCGCCAUGAAACCUUUGGCACAAACACUUACAAAAAACCACCUUCACUAGGACUUUUUCAUUUUGUGUGGGAAGCUUUCAAGGACUUCACCAUCCUUAUUCUUUUGUUAUGUGCUGCUCUUUCCCUUGGAUUUGGUAUCAAGCAGAAUGGUCCGAAAGAAGGAUGGUACGAUGGAGGAAGCAUAUUUGUGGCUGUAUUUCUUGUUAUAAUUGUCUCUUCUUUAAGCAAUUUCAAACAAAGUAAACAGUUUGAGAAGCUAUCUAAACAAAGCAACAACAUCAAAAUAGAAGUUGUGAGGGGUGGGAGGCGACAACAAGUUUCAAUAUAUGAUAUCGUUGUUGGAGACGUCGUUUGCUUGAAUAUUGGUGAUCAAGUACCAGCUGAUGGCUUGUUCAUCAACGGGCAUUCUUUACAAAUUGACGAGUCAAGCAUGACGGGGGAGAGUGACUAUGUAAGCGUCGACAGAGCUCAACACCCGUUCUUAGUCUCAGGGACUAAGGUUGCAGAUGGUUAUGGCAAGAUGCUUGUGACAUCAGUUGGAAUGAACACAACUUGGGGUGAGAUGAUGGGUGCAGUCAGCCGUAACACAAAUGAACAAACACCAUUGCAAGUUCGGCUUAAUAAGCUAACUUCUUCUAUAGGUAAGCUUGGUUUGGCAGUGGCUUUCCUUGUUCUUGUAGUAUUGUUGGUUCGAUACUUCACAGGGCAUACAACAGAUGAGAGCGGCAAAAGAGAAUUCAAUGGGAGCCAAACAAGUGUUAACGAUGUCCUGAAUUCAGUCAUCAGAAUUGUUGCUGCUGCUGUUACAAUAGUUGUUGUUGCAAUCCCUGAAGGUUUGCCAUUGGCUGUCACCCUGACACUUGCUUAUUCAAUGAAGAGAAUGAUGGUUGAUCAGGCCAUGGUUCGUAAACUGCCAGCAUGCGAGACAAUGGGGUCAGCCACCAUCAUUUGCACAGACAAAACAGGCACCCUGACUCAGAACCAAAUGAAGGUGACGAACUUCUGGUUUGGCCAUAAUCAAUUGGAACAGGGUGAAGCCUCGGAGAUUCAGAUUGCACGCGAUGUUCUUGCAUUCAUCCAGCAAGGAGUUGGGUUCAACACUACAGGUAGUGUCUACAAAGACUCUUCUAUCUCCGAUUACGAAUUCUCUGGGAGCCCAACAGAAAAGGCUCUUCUGUCAUGGGCGGUGUUGGACCUCAACAUGGACAUGAUAAAGCUGAAUGAGAGUUGUGAAAUACUUCAUGUGGAAGCCUUUAAUUCACUAAAGAAAAGAAGUGGUGUGUUGAUCAAGAUAAAGGAAGAGAAUAAAGUUCAUGUACACUGGAAGGGUGCUGCAGAAAUGAUACUAGAAAACUGCUCUUCUUACUAUGAUGCAUCAGGAAAUUUGAAGCCUAUGGAUGGUGAUGCAAAGAAGAAUUUUGAGCAGAUAAUUCAAAGCAUGGCAGCUAGCAGCCUUCGAUGCAUCGCCUUUGCACACAAACAAGUAGUCCUAGAGGAAGGUGAAGCAAUGGCUCAAGAAAAGCUCACUGAUGAUGGUUUAACUUUGCUUGGAAUGGUGGGUCUCAAGGACCCAUGUAGACCUGGUGUAAAGAAAGCCGUUCAAGAUUGCCAAAAUGCUGGAGUAAACAUCAAGAUGAUCACAGGAGACAAUGUUUUCACUGCACGAGCGAUAGCUGUUGAAUGUGGGAUCCUGCAGGCAGGUGACGAUGUGAAUAGUGCUGUUGUUGAAGGUCCAGAAUUUCGCAACUACACAGACCAAGAAAGGAUAGAGAAAGUUGAUAAGAUACGCGUCAUGGCUAGAUCCUCUCCAUUUGAUAAGCUACUUAUGGUGCAAUGUCUCAAACAGAAAGGCCAUGUGGUUGCAGUAACCGGUGAUGGCACAAAUGAUGCACCAGCACUCAAAGAGGCAGACAUUGGGCUUUCUAUGGGGAUACAAGGAACCGAAGUUGCCAAGGAGAGCUCUGAUAUUGUCAUCAUGGAUGAUAAUUUCGCUUCAGUAGCAACCGUUUUAAAUUGGGGUAGAUGUGUUUACAACAACAUCCAAAAGUUCAUCCAAUUCCAGCUUACUGUAAAUGUUGCUGCACUAACGAUCAACUUUGUAGCAGCAGUUUCAGCAGGUGAGGUACCCUUAACUGCGGUUCAACUCUUGUGGGUCAACUUGAUCAUGGACACCUUAGGUGCUCUCGCUCUUGCAACAGAGAAACCAACAAAGGAAUUGAUGUACAAGGCACCUGUUGGAAGAACUGAGCCACUUAUUACUAACAUCAUGUGGAGAAAUUUGAUGGCUCAAGCUCUAUACCAAAUAGCAAUCCUCUUAACUUUACAGUUCAAGGGAGAAUCAAUCUUUGGUGUAGGGAGCAAAGUGAAGGACACUUUGCUAUUUAAUACCUUUGUGUUGUGCCAGGUUUUCAAUGAAUUCAAUGCGAGGAAACUAGAGAAGAAGAACAUCUUUGAGGGUAUACACAAGAACAAGCUAUUUUUAGCCAUCAUUGGUAUAACCAUUAUCCUUCAGGUGGUGAUGGUUGAAUUCCUUAAGAAAUUUGCUAAUACAGAGAGAUUAAAUUGGGCGCAAUGGGGUGCUUGUAUUGCCAUUGCUAUCGUAUCUUGGCCCCUAGGGUGGCUCGUCAAGUUCAUACCUGUGGCAGAUAAACCAUUCUUCAGUUACAUAAAAUGGCAGAGGAAAAAAAUCUGAGUAGGAUCAUUCACUAUAUACAAGAUAUAGAUAGAUUGGUUUGCUGAAUUUCUUUCAUCUCUCUAUUGCUUUAGUUACUUUAUACUGUAUGUAUAUGCUGAUAGCAAUUUAUGUCGUUAUAAAUUCGUUGAUUGCGUGUAACAUUUAUGUACUUGAAUAUCUAAAAGGGAAAAUUAUUCACCUAGUUACACAAA